GAAAGUUCCGGACUGGUCUAAGGUCGACUUAGCGUGAUAGCAGCUCGUCACUGCGUCUGUUUUUAUCAGCCAGAAAACCAGUAAAUAUAAUUCAAAAAUGCCGAGAGGAAGCAGAAGCCGGACAUCCAGGAUGCCCCCUCCAGCCAGCCGAGCGCCACCCUCACCACCACCUAUGGCCAGGGCUGCACCACCACCCAUGGCCAGGGCUGCACCACCUCCCUCCCAUGCCCCAGCUCCAAUGCAGGCACCUCCGUCUGCCGUUGGUGCUCCAGCCGCAGCACCCAGGCAGCCGGGCAUGUUUGCCCAGAUGGCAUCCACAGCCGCUGGUGUGGCAGUGGGCUCUGCAGUAGGACACACCAUUGGCCAUGCCAUGACUGGAGGCUUCAGUGGAGGACACUCAGAGCCUGCCAAGCCUGACGUCACAUACCAAGAGCCGUACCAGGGUCAGCCCGUGUACCAGCAGCAGCCCAUGUACCAGCAGGAGUUCCCUCAGCAGCAGCAGGCCUGCUCCUAUGAGCUCAAACAGUUCAUUGAGUGUGCCCAAAACCAGAGUGACCUCAAGCUCUGCGAGGGAUUCAGUGAGGUGCUCAAACAGUGCAAGUUUGCUAAUGGUCUGUCAUGAGAGGGAGACAAAAACCUGGAGAGUGAAGAGCACGCACCAACUGCAAUAAGCAAUCGUCCUGGAUACUGAGAGGGUGUGAUUCACAAGAGAUUAAAUAAACAUGCAUUAUUUUGACUGUUGAUUAUUAUCAUCAGACAACAUCAUUGUAUUCAUCUCCCAGGAGAAUGCUGCAGAGCUUGUAAUCAUAGUCUUAUAAAUAAUGUUUAUAUAUUUUGGUGUUGCGUGUUGAUUUGGGUUGUUGGUGUUUUCCAUCAGUUUCAGUGCUUUUAAUUUAAAUGUCCUUGCAUAUAUUUCAAGGUAAACUGCAUUAGUAGAUCAUGAUAGCAAACCAACUAGCAUCUUCUGGAUCAUAGACGUACACGGGUUUGUUUUAACACGUUUAGGUUUAAAAAAUAAUAAAGCACUUGGAUCCUGAA